UGAAGCUUAGAGACCUAGUUGUAAUCUAAUCCUAACAAAAAAAAAAAAAAAAAAAUUGUAAAAUUUGUUUUUCAUAAUAAUAUUUUUACACAUAAAGUUGACAGACUAUCUAAUUUUAUUUGGAAAGUAACAAGUAACUUACACAAUAACUCAUGAUUUAUUGUAGAAUCAUACUUGAUGGCACCUAACUUGACUUCGUUGAUGCACCUGACGUUGUCAACUAACUCACAAAUUGGCACCUAGUAAUUUCUUUUUUUUAAAAAAAAAAUAUUUCAUCCUUGAUAAGGGAUGCAUAGAGAUGGAUGCAACAUGAGUACAUCACAGAUUACUCUAUAUUGCACCAUACAAUGAUCCAUUAUUAUGGAUUUAAAAUGUCAAUAUCAACUAAAGAAGACAAUGUGUUUGACAUUUUUUAAUAGUAAAUUAAAUAUGUGAAAGAAGAGUACUUGAAAUUUACAUAUAUUUUUUUAGUACAAUAAUUAAGAAAAUGAGAGAUCAAAUCUCCAAAUUUGGAAAAGAAAGUGCACGUAAAUUAUAGUUGAAUUAAUGUCAUGUUUAUCAAUCUGCAAUCAAACUUAGUAUAAUUGCAAUGAGAAUCAAUUGAUGGAUUAAUUGUAAUGAGCCUCAAUUGCAAGCGUACCUAGAUACACAUUUGCAAAUGUAAUCUAAUUACGAUUAAGACUUAUUACUUUGUAGUGUCUUAAUACCAUGAGAUUUUUUAAUCAUAUUCAUUCCCCUUCUUUAAAUCCUUCCGUGUGGGGGCUUUAAUCCCAUUACUCCCACACCAUAUUUUCCUCUUCCAAUAACAUUUUCUCUUAGUGGAUUUUUCUGAACUUGACUUCAUUCCCAAGUCGUCGUAUCAAAUCCAUUACAAAGCAGCUUCCAGAUUAGACCAUUCCAAACACAAUUUUUUUUCGCUACUCUAUUCUAGAAUUUCCUCUAAAACUUCGAUGGCUGCCAUUAAAGUUUUACAUCUUUCUCUCCCGUUGCUUCUUUGUUUUAUUCACUGUUACGCCCAGACCGGCACAAUUGAAUUGGGUUCAUCAAUCCUUGCUGGGUCGCAUAAAACUUGGGUAUCAUCCUCCGGCGAAUUUGCUUUUGGGUUCCACCAAACUGUCGAUGGCAAAUAUGUUGUUGGCAUAGUAUUCGACAAAAUUCCUGAGAGAACUUUGGUUUGGUCCGCCAACAGAGACAACCCGGCACAGGCUGGUUCAAACAUUAGUCCUCAGAGGCACCGGUGAAUUUGUGCUGAUUCAUGAAAAUGGUACUGAGGUUUCAAUCUACAAUGGGAAAGACACGAGCUCUGCUUUAGUGUCCGACAAUGGCAACUUAAUGCUGCGGAAUUCCUCGUCCAUUCCCAUAUGGCAGAGCUUCGAUCAUCCCACCGAUACUCUAUUGCCUGCACAGGUCCUUCGCAUUGGCCAUCAACUGUACUCGAGUGCCAACAGAACAAGAAAUGACUAUUCAACGGGCCGAUUCAUGUUGGAUGUUGCUAAAGAUGGUAAUGUCCUAUUGACUGCUUUUCGAAAUGGUGAUCCUGCUUAUAACUAUACUGGCACGUCUGGAGACACCACGGCCAUUGUCUUCAACCAAACGACAGUUCUAUUAUAUGUUGUUAAUGCCACGGCAAUUACAUAUCCUAUGACGACCAAAUUGCCAGUCCCAGUAAAAGACUAUUACCACAGAUCAAUUCUCGAUGAUCAGGGCAACUUCCGACAGUUGUAUCGGAUUAAGAAUGGGGGCAAAAACGAGUGGAUUACGACAUGGAAGUUGAUUGAAAGGCCUUGUAUGGUGAGUAACAUUUGUGGGGUGUUUGGAUUUUGUUCAAAUGGCAAUGAAACUGCGAUUUGUGAGUGUUUGGAAGGGUAUGUGCCGAUCGAUCCAAACAUACCCUCUAAAGGGUGUUAUCCAAAUCCAAAUAUGGUCAUGGACUUUUGUUCAUUGAAUAAUGCAAAUGAGAGCUUCAAAAUUGUUAAGCUUGACGAUUCUGAUUUCCCAUUUCUUUUGGACUCUGACGUGUCCAUGGUUGGACCAACAGAUGAGAGCAGGUGCGAGGAAGCUGUGAGGAAGGACUGUUUUUGCUCAGCAGCCGUUUAUUUUGGAGGUAAUUGCUACAAGAAGAGGAUGCCGUUGUUAAACGCUAGAAAAAGCAUUCCUGACACCAGUAAUCUAGUGGCUUUCCUGAAAGUUCCCAUAAUCAUUAAUGGCAAAAGAUCCCUUUCUAACGAGGCCCUGCUAGCAAUAUUUGUCGUGUGUUCAACAUUCGCAUUGUCUUUUGCAGUUGUGUCUGUCUAUUAUCAACCCUUUAUUACAAAGGAUUUCUUAAAAGGGAAGAAACCUGCAAAGCUGAAGCCAUUGGAGGUGAAUUUGAAGGCAUUUUCAUUCAAUGAAUUGAAAGAAGCAACAAAUGGUUUCGAUAACCUACUUGGCAGAGGAUCUUUUGGUGCAGUUUAUAAAGGAGUUUUGACUUUGAGAGAUCAAGAAGUGGAGGUUGCUGUGAAGCAAUUAGAGAAGAAGGUGGUUGAACAAGGAGAAAAGUUCUUAACAGAAGUCCAAGUAAUUGGUUUGACUCAUCAUAGAAACUUACUUCAAUUGUUGGGAUUCUGCAACGAAGAAGAGCAUCGGUUAUUGGUUUAUGAGCUCAUGAAAAAUGGUCCUUCGUCAAAUUUCCUGUUUGGAGAGAAGGAAAAUCAGAAGCCUAAAUGGGAAAGCAGAGCAAAAAUGGUAUUGGAAAUUGCAAAUGGGUUGUUAUAUUUGCACGAAGAGUGUGAAACUCAGAUCAUCCACUGCGAUAUAAAGCCACAAAACAUUCUUCUUGACGAUAAUUACCGAGCAAAAAUCUCAGAUUUUGGGUUAGCCAAGUUGAUGAAGAAAAACCAAACACGGACAGCCACGGUGAUAAAAGGAACAAGGGGAUAUAUGGCGCCAGAAUGGCUCAAGACAGCACCUGUUACAACAAAAGCCGACGUUUACAGCUUUGGAGUCAUGUUGUUAGAGAUCAUAUUUUGCAGAAGGCAUUAUGAAGAAGAAACACAAGGCAAUGAUGGAAUAAUACUGGUGGAUUGGGUUGUAAGUAGUGUGAGAGCAGAAAGAUUGAGAGACAUAAUAAGGCAUGAUUGUGAAGCAAUGAAUGACUAUGAAAAGUUUAAGAGGAUGACAAUGGUGGGAGUGUGGUGCAUCUCUUCAGAUCCUGUAUGUCGGCCAUCCAUGAAAGAAGUUGUACGGAUGCUAGAAGGAAGCAGUGACGUGAGAAUCCCUCCUUUGCUUGAACGAAUGAGAUAUGCAUAUUUUGUGUGGUUGUUUAUGUUUCAUGUGUUUUUGUAUAAUUGACUAAGGUCAUGUUUGAAUUGGCUCUCUCUUUUUAAAGCCUUUUGAAAAUUCAUUUCAAAUAUGCCGUAAAGAGAUCCCGAGUAAUUUGUUUACUUUUGUAUGUUUUGAAGCAAUUGGUCUUUUAAUGAAUGCACUAGAAAAAGAAGGCUCUUGCUAUCAUUUAAAAAAUUGAUGUGUACAAAGAUGUCAAGUUCUAAUAUAAUGUGUGAGUGUAAGAGAGAUUUAUCCUUUGGGUUGGUGUUCUAGUUCACUUAAGUACCACAAAGACUAAUGCUAUUUUAUGUAGAGACUGACAUGGAACUAAUGAUUGAAUUAAAGCUAAUGAAAACUAAACCGAGUGAGAAAACCAAUAAGAAAUGUGUCUUUAGGGAAUUGAUUUCACCAAUUAGAUUUAUGAAUUAACUAAUUUAAUGCACAAAACAAACAUGCAAUAAUUUCAUAAGUCGAGAAAUAAAAAAAACUGUAUAUCUCGACCACAAUUAACUCUUCUACAAAAUAA